GCAUCACCUCCGUGCCCCCGACCCCUCUCAGCCCCGUGCUGCCGCCGUGCCCCAUGGCCACGGAGCUGACCGAGCUGGAGCUGGCCAUUGAGAAGCUGGUGACCGCGUUCCUGGGCCACGCGGGGCAGGAGGGCAGGAAGGGCUCCCUGACCCCCGGCGAGUUCAGGGCCCUGGUGCAGCUCCAGCUGCCCCAUCUGAUGAAGGACGUCCCCUCCCUGGAGGAGAAGAUGCAGGAGCUGGAUGUGAACAAGGACGGGGAGCUGAAGUUCAGCGAGUACUGGCGGCUCAUGGGGGAGCUGGCAAAGGCCAUAAGGAGGGAGAAAGCCAGGAAGGAGUGAUGGAGUGGGUGGGAAUCUCCUCCAGCACACAGCUAAUAAAGGAGGAUCCCCUGA